CUCUAAAUCUUCCACAACCUCUCAAAUACAAAACUACCCAUCAAUACAAAGCCAAAUGAAUAUAUAAUCAAACCUCCAAACACCCCAUUCAUACCUCUCUCUCUCUCUCUCUCUCUCUCUCUCUCAUCAACUUAAAACUUCCAACAAUUCUUCAACUGCAUAUGGUUUGAGUAACAAGCAGCAAUGUUGGACACCAUGAUCCCAGCAUGUUUCAGCCAGCCCAACACACUCUCAAGCAGCUCUCAAGUGCCCCAAAACCUUAUAACCUGCAUAUAUCAAACUCAGCUUUGUAACUCACCCACAUAUCUCACUCUCACUUGGUCCAAAAGCCUCUUCUCUCACUCUCUAACCAUUCAUGCCUCAGACUCUUUUUCCAUCACCAUCUCCCUCAACCCAUCAACCUUCUCAUUCUUCAGAACCAAACCAGGCUCCAAAUCCAUCUCUCUAACCCACAACCAUUGCCAAAAAAUCAAGCUUUACUGGGACUUCACCCGGGCUGACUUCACUCACAACUCGGCUGAGCCAGAGUCUUGCUUCUACAUCGCCAUUUCUUGCAAUGCCAAAAUUGAAUUCUUUCUUGGGGAUCUUUUGGACGAGUUCACUCGGCGGUCAGGGGUAGUUGUGACUCACAAACUCAGCCAACCUGCCCUGUUGUCAAGGCGGGAACAUGUGUUUGGGCGCAGGAAUUACAUAUCCAGAGCUCAGUUCUUGGGGUCCAAACAUGAAAUUGGAAUAGAGUGUAGGGAGGGUACACUCAAAGUAAAAGUAGAUGGAGUGAUAAGCCUGAUUGUCAAAAGGUUGGCUUGGAAAUUCAGAGGCAAUGAGAGAAUUUUUGUUGGUGGAGUUGAAUUUGAAUUUUACUGGGACGUGUUCAACUGGGUUAAUAAUCAUAACGGUGCUAAUGGGAAUGGUCAUGGUGUAUUUGUUUUUCAAGUGGGUGAUGGUGGGGUGUGGCCAGAAAUGGUAGGUCCUGAGAAGAGGUUGAUGAGGAAGAGCUUGUCAACAUCGGCUGCUUCGGCAUCAAUGCCGUCGAUGACUUCGUUGUCCCCGUCGCCGUCAUGCUCAAGUGUGUUGCAAUGGGCAGAGGAGAGUAGUGAUGGGGGGAGAAGUUCAUGUUCUUCAUCCACUAGGUCAUAUGGUAGUAAUGGGGGGUUUUCUCUGUUGCUGUAUGCUUGGAAGAGGGACUGACAAAGCAAUGUGAAUUAUGA